AUGAGAUUUUUCGCCCUCGCCAUUGCUGCCUCGUUUCUUGCAGCCGCAUCUGCCUCUGCUAUAUCGAAGCGCCAGAUCGGUGGUGUCCUCAUCUGCACCGGCGCCAAUGCCACCGGCGACUGCGUCUACCAAAAGUACGAGCUCUACAAGUGCCACGAGCUCCAGGCGCCGUUCUGGCAAAACUCGAGCACCUUUGCGCCCGACGACGACCUCUUUGGCUGCUAUCCGCGCCUGAGCGACUGCGGCACCAUCUGCACCUCGCCCACGGGGUGCACGAACGGCCAUAUCGACUUUGACUACGAACACAAGUUCAACUUGGCGGCGAGUCAGUGGAACACGCUCAUUCGCUCCUUUGAUUGCUUCACGAUGAAGCGGUAG